CAUCAAACUAAAAAAUUAGGCACAUUUCAUUGUCAUCGGUGUUGAAUGUUGAUCCAAUGAUUCUCUUGUCUCUUUCCCUGCUCCCUACUUUCUAGAGAGAGAAACUAAAAACGUUAACAAUGGAGGAGAGAGAUUUUCUGGUAAAAUUACGAUUACGUUUUAUCUUAGGGUUAAUGAUCAUCUUUUUCAAUUCAAUUGAGUUAGUUCAAGGUUCAAUUCACGAUUACAGAAAUGAAAAAUUCAUUCCUCAAUCUAACGCCUUCUUCUUCCAUGGCGGUAGUGAAGGUCUCUAUGCUUCUAAGGUUUCUGAUCACUCUUCUUCAUCUCCUUCCGAAAAUGGUUAUAAAGGCAGGUCUUUUAUCAGAUUUGAAUCCAUCAUCUUUACAAGAACAAAAGAGUCAGCAGAAAAGCAGAAUGGGUGGCAGCAAUUAACUGGUACUAUUGAAGCUAUCAUAGUUGAGGUGAAAGACCGAGAAAGGAUUGGUGGAACAUAUCUUAAAACUGAUGCAAUCUGUUGUAACCAAACCCUAGCAAGUGAGGGACAUUGCAAGGUUGGUGAGGUUAUAAUGCAGAAAAAUCCAGAGAAUCGUGAUUGGCCAAAACGGAUCAAGAUCUUCUUUGAAGCAAAGAGUCAAACAGCCUCGAUGUCUCUCCAGUCUGUUGAGAUUAACAGCACGGGAAUGUAUUAUCUGUACUUUAUGUUUUGUGAUCCGACACUAAAGGGUACAACACUAAGUGGAAGAACUGUUUGGAAGAACCCAAAUGGUUACUUGCCAGGCAAAAUGAUUCCUUUGAUGACAUUUUAUGGCUCCAUAUCUUUAGCGUAUCUUUUGUUAGGACUGUGUUGGCUACUGCGGUUUGUUCAGUUCUGGAAAGAUAUUACACAGCUGCAUUAUCACAUUACAGCAGUGAUUGCCCUUGGUAUGCUUGAAAUGACAUUAUGGUAUUUUGACUAUUCAAAUCUAAAUGCAACUGGUGUUCGACCUAUGGGGGUCACUAUGUGGGCGGUUACCUUUACUGCUGUGAAGAAGACUGUUUCCCGCCUUCUUCUUUUGGUCGUUUCCAUGGGGUAUGGUGUUGUCAAACCAACAUUAGGAGCUAUCACAUCGAAGGUUCUUCUUUUUGGAGCUGUAUACUUUUUGGCUUCAGAAGCACUUGAACUGUAUGAGCAUUUGGGAAAUAUUAAUGAUUUCUCUGGGAAUACGAAGCUAGUUCUGGUGUUGCCUGUUGUGUUCCUGGACACAUGCUUCAUUCUAUGGAUCUUCUCAUCGCUUUCAAAGACUCUGGAGAAGCUUCAGAUUCGUAGAAGUGUGGCUAAGUUAGAGCUCUACCGGAAAUAUACAAAUUCCCUUGCAAUUUUUGUGAUACUGUCGAUUGCGUGGAUUGGUUACGAGUUGUAUUUUAAUGCAACUGAUCCUUUGAGCGAGCUUUGGAGAAUUGCAUGGAUCAUUCCUGCCUUUUGGGCUUUGCUUGCAUACUCUCUUUUAGCUGUGAUAUGUGUUCUGUGGGCGCCUUCUCGCAAUCCUACAAGGUAUGCUUAUUUGGAAGAUUCAGGCGAUGACUUUGACGAAGAGGGUGUUGCACUAACAAGUAGUGGAGUCAUGAUUGCUGCUGAUAUGGCGAGUAAGCUUGAAAGGAAAGAGAGAAAAGGAUCAAGCUCAACAGAUCAUGUGUUCGUUGGGGUUAGGGAGGAACUAGAGGAGGACAAGCGAGAGUAAAGGGUGCUGACUGUCGAGCAGCAACUGUUUCUCUGAUUAUCUGCUCCCUAAGGUUACUUCGUUCUUGCUUAUAGCAAAGAGUUUUACUUGCUCAUCCUUGAUCUGGUGUAUUAUUGUACAUACAGGGACGAAGAUUAGCAUAGACUUUAGCAUUAGGAGGAGGCCGUUUCGCCAGUUAUGGCUUUAUUGUAACUAAUCUGGAAAAGGACACUUAUUGUUUUCGGGCUUGGUGCAAUAAAGCUUGCAGGAUUUUCUUGAAUGCA